AGUCUGGAGACCCGUUCGCUGCAUCCGUGCGCCCUCUAGUGGAGGCCGCUCCCCGCGCGCCCUCUCCCGAGGCUCUGUAUAUAAAGGCGGAGAGGCGCCGGGGCUGGACGCAGAACUCGGGGAUCGAGAGUCCGGGAGCCGCAGGGAAAGCGCAGAGCUGAGCAUUGACCCGACCUGCCCAUCGAUCAUGGCUGGACAGCAGCAGCCUCCUUACCUGCACCUGGCUGAGCUGUCGGCGUCCCAAUUCUUGGACAUUUGGAAGCAUUUCGAUGCCGACGGAAAUGGAUACAUUGAAGGAAAAGAACUAGAAAAUUUCUUCCAAGAAUUGGAAAGUGCAAGAAAAGGAGCUGGCAUGGAAACAAAGAGUGGCAGCUUUGGGGAGAAGAUGAAGGAGUUCAUGCAGAAGUAUGACAAGAAUGCAGAUGGGAAAAUUGAGAUGGCAGAGUUGGCCCAGAUCCUGCCUACAGAAGAAAACUUCUGCUGUGCUUCAGGCAACACGUGGGGUUCCAGCGCGGAAUUCAUGGAGGCUUGGCGGAAAUAUGACACGGACAGGAGUGGUUACAUUGAGGCCAAUGAGCUCAAGGGAUUCCUGUCAGACCGGCUGAAAAAGGCAAACCGGCCGUAUGAUGAGCCCAAGCUCCAAGAGUACACACAAACCAUACUGCGGAUGUUUGAUUUGAACGGAGAUGGUAAAUUGGGCCUCUCAGAGAUGUCCCGACUGUUGCCUGUACAGGAAAAUUUUCUCCUUAAAUUUCAAGGCAUAAGCCUGACUUCAGAAGAGUUCAUUGCUAUCUUCACAUUUUAUGACAAGGAUGGGAGUGGCUACAUUGAUGAGAAUGAACUGGAUGCCCUUUUGAAGGACCUGUAUGAGAAAAACAAGAAGGAGAUGAACAUCCAGAACCUUACAAGCUACAGAAAGAGCGUGAUGUCUUUGGCUGACGCCGGGAAGCUUUACCGCAAGGACCUGGAGAUUGUGCUCUGUAGUGAGCCCCCGAUGUAAGAGGAGGUGGGGGCCUGCUCCCCUUCUUUCCUCCCAAUUCUCCUCCCCCUUUCUUCUGCCCUGCUGCUUCCACCAAGACCUAGAGAUUAUGAGGCCCCGAACACCCCCUGCUAGCAAGCACAGCAUGCUCAGAGAGCAGAAGGGGAAGGAAGGAGCAGCUGCCGAUGGAUGCCCAUUGGGCCUUCUGGCCCACAUCCCUUCCACCCCACCCCAGGCUAGCCUUGCUGCUCUGCUUGUGACUCGGAUUAGGGGAGAGGGGCCCUAGUUCUCUUUGCUGUCAUGCAUGAGCUCAUCUGUUGUAUGACCUAGGCUACUGUGUCCAAUAGGGUGACAGUCUAUCUUGCUCUGUGAACCUCUUCUGCCCCGUUUCCCCAAGUCGCAUCCGACCCCUCUAGCUGGUGUGGUGGCGUGUAGUCCAUUUCUUCUUCCACUUUCUGGCUGUGGCGAGAACGUGGCCUGCCUUGCCUUUUCCACUUUGGUUUUUCCUUCUUUUCAGUUUUGGUUUCUUGUCUUAUUAUUCACCAAAGAAGAGUUUACAAACAAUAAAAUGGAAAAGUUCUGCUCCUCAAGCUCA